AUGCUCUCGUUUGAUCGCGACGACGGCUUUUCUUCUUCUCCUUUGUCGACAACCAUGAACCAGACGGUGACCGAUGGCGCCGCGCCAUUCCUUCCGGAAGAAAUCAUGAACAACAUUCUCAAGCGGCUUCCGGCGAAAUCCCUCAUGCGAUUUCAAUGUGUCUGCAGACAUUGGAAAAAUCUCUUCAAGACCUCAUCUUUCAUCGCCGAUCAUCUCCGCCUCUCCCGUCCUCACAACCCUUCUCUUCUGUUCUUCCAGAAUUAUGGAUCUAAUUCAUUGCAGCUACGUUUGCUCGAUUGCGACAUGCAAGUCCGUGAUGUUCCGAAGGCACCUCCGUUUGAUUCCUUGCCGUUCAAGCUCGUUAGCAUCAUUGGUUCCAGCAAUGGCCUGCUGUGUGUUACAAUCCAUGCGAAUGAGUCUGUCAUCUCUCCUUCUUCCCUUUUACUGUGGAAUCCGUCGACUAGAGAUGUCAGAGAGGUGCCUAAUUCUAGAACUAUCGAUUCUUGUGUGUUAGGAUUUGGUUUCAGUUCAUCGCUUAAUGAUUACAAGAUAGUGGUGAUUGAUGCUAUGGAUUGUGAAGUGGAAGUAUAUUCAUUAAAAACAGAUUCAUGGAAAGAAAUAGAAUAUGUGAACUUGUUAGAUGAUGUAUUUAUUUCCCCUAGCACUGUCGUCUCCUUUGAUGGAGCUAUCUUCUGGAAUGGGCAAAAACCAGGAAACAAGAGAAAGGUGGGAGUUAUAGUUUCAUUUGACAUGGUAAUGGAAGCUUUUUCUCUCAUACCAUUGCCUAGAGUUCACAGCAAUUCAUUUAUUAACUUAACGGUGUACAAGGACAAACUUGCUAUACUUAGUAGUGGAGCUGGGGGCUCUUCAAACAUUAAUUUGUGGGUGAGGGAGGAAGACAUUGGUUCAUCUAGGGAGAGAUGGAGUUGGACUAAGAAAUUCACCGGCGGCCCUUGUCCUUGGACGUUAAAUGGUGGAGGGACCAUUUGGAGGAAUGAAAUUGUCAUGUCUGGAACUGAAACAUGCGGUAAACUAUGGAAGAAAAAACCAGAAAGUGGUUUAUGUAUGCUCAAUCUCACUACUAAUGAAUUUAAGAUGGUCGUUGUCCCCAAACAUGGCUCUUAUCAGUUUCUUAAUCAUGUGGAAAGCCUCCUACCAGUUGUUAACUUCCCCAGCAUUGAAGAACCUUGA